AUGAAGACCACGGGCGUCAACCUAUGUCUCCAGCUCCUCAUACAGACCAGUGUGGCAUCCGACAAAUCAGUCCAUGCGAGAAGUGUGCGCGAUGUUUCAGCCACCGAGUCGGUCUCCAGCAUGAUAACGAGGAUGAUAAUCAGCACACUAGGCACCGUGGACAGGGUGACCGGAACGGCCGAGAAGACAGGUCGUGCGAGCAUCUGA